GCUGUCAAAGUGACGCCAUCGCAAAAGCAAGCCAGAGCGUAAACAAAGCGCUGCUGCUGCAAACGGAAAACAUCCAAAAAGGUGAACGAAACUCUACGCUGUGAACGUUUCCGCCCGGGGCCCGUUCGACGCCAUGCCGCCUGUAAAAACCGAUGGAGACAGCGACGGGGACGGCGAUCUGUCCGGGGCCGAGUCGGAACGGUCCGGAUCGAGCCAGGGGCAGGACCACGAUUCCAGCGCGGAGGAAGCGGAUGAGCCCGAUUCGGACGAUUCGUCGGAAAUGUCCGAGGGGGAGUGCGAACGAAGGCGCACCAACUGCCAGGACAAUCUGACAAGCCUGGAGAAACAGUUUGCCAUCCUGAAGGAGCAGCUGUACAAGGAGCGGAUGGUGCAGGUGGACCACAAGCUGCAGCAGAUCCGGGGCGGCCGGUUGCAGGACUACUUUGUGCCGCUGCAGCAGCUGCAAACCAACAUGGACAGCCGGAAGGAGGUCGCGGAAGUGAUGAAGAAGUACCGCGUGAAUAACGUGAAGAACAAGUACGAGGGUGAACUGCAGGCCUGCUACCAACACUUUGAGAGUGAGAAAAACCUCGCCAUAGACGCGAUCAGCGACGAGCUGAUGGAGAAGGUGCGCCGCCUGGAGGAGGAUCGGCACAAUGUGGACAUUUCCUGGGCGGACUGGGGCACCAGCACCCGCACGGCGAAGGUGCGCGGCCCGGGCCGCAAGAAGGCGGUAACCGUGUCCGGCCCGUACAUUGUGUACAUGCUGCGGGAGGAGGAAAUUCUCGACGACUGGACGGCGAUUCGAAAAGCACUGAAACGAUCGACGGCGGCCGCUACCUGAUAUUUAUCAUAGUAAGUAUUCCAAACGGAGUAGAGAGAGAGAGUGUGUGUGUGUGUAUAGGGCGUAGGCGGUAAAGUUUUGAACGGCGUAUCUUUCCCGUAUCGGUACGGUCUGCGAGCGUAUUUUCUGCAAUAAGCAAUCCAGCUAAAAGACUUAAGGUGUGUACAUCGUGGAAAGGAUAGCGCGAUCAAUCAUGAAUUUCUUUUUUACCUUGUAUUAAAAUUAAUAUGAAAAAUCGA